AUGGAUAAGAAAUGGAAAAUAAUAUUAUCUACUUUCACAUGUUGCACAGUCUCCUUCCUAGUAUUGGCCAUUAUUACACCUUUUGUUUUACUUAGUAUAAUUAAGAGUUAAGCUCAAGAUGAAGCAAUUAUGUCAUCAAGCAAUUACGCACUAUGGGUAUAUACAAUAAAAUAUAUCAUCUUCUUAGGGACAAGUUCCAGGAGAUACUAAAACUUAUUUAAAGAGGGAUUUCACUUUCUUCUAAUUUACAAAUCCAUAUGACGUAAUGUUUAGAGGGAAAAAACCAAUUUUCGUUGAGAAAGGUCCAUAUACAUAUUAGGAGAAAUAAAAUUUUACAGAUUAUAAAUUCAAUGAUGAUGGGAAUAUUGUAACAUUCCGUGCUUGGAUUCAGACUGUAGGUGAAAAAUAAAAUGAUAAAAUAACAUUUGCUAAUUUUGUUGCUUUAGGUGCAUGGCAUUAACUUUAGAAUACAGAACCAGCUGUGAUGGCAUUAUAAGUGUUUAGUUCAUUUUAUUUUGAAUUGAAAAAAUUCUUUUACCCAACUAUGAUUGCUUAGGCAGUUAUAUCUAGUUUUUUGAAUGAAGAUACAGCAAAGAAGACAGUGUUAAAUGGUUUAUCUGUUGAGAAAUAAAAUUUAAUAUGGUUUGAUUAAGAGUUUGGAAUGGGCAAUAACACUGCAUUUGUAAAUUGGGUAUAAGUUGUAAAGAAACAUACAGAUGAUUCAUUUUUAAGGAAUUACUUUUAAAUAUCUUAAUCACAGAUGAAUGUAAUUAAGAAAUAAUUAGCACCAUUGAUUUAAGGAGCAGAGGGAAGUAUCAAAUAGCUGUUUUGUACUAAAUCUCCAACUUAAGAAUGUUUUGAUGCUUAUUUAUGUGCUAAAUAAUGGGCAACAUAAAGUAUCACAAAUGAUCCUGAUGCUGGUACUAUUCCAGUACCUAGUGUUAUUACUGGAAAUACUACCAGUCAUGGUUAUCCUGAACUCAGUUAUUUCUAUAAAGGUAUAUUUGUAUACUAAUAUAGAAUAUUUCUUAAAAGUUAUAGAACCUACAAAUGAAGAUUAUAAAAAUCUAAAAUUUACUACUGAAUGGGCUUUAGAAUUACUUAGAAAUUAUGAGAAUUACUCUAUUGAUGAUCCUAAAUACUAUACAGAUUCUCAUUUAUUAUUACAUAUUGGAAAUUUAAGAUACUUAUAUGAAUAAGGAAAUAAAUAUGAUAAACAUAAAAAGGAUGAUUAUUUAAUGAAAAUACAAAAUAGAUUCAAACUUGAAUCUAUAUAUCAUUCUAGGGUGUUUUAUGAAUAUGUAAAAUAUAUGGAAGAAGAGUUUGGUGUUUAAAAAUCAAUAAAUGGUACUAAAGGUAUAGCAGGACUUGGAACAAUAGUAUCUUAGGCUCUUUAUGGGGAGAUGGCAAAUUUGAAUGAUAAUUUAUUAAAUUAUGUGCUUUCAGAUUUGUUAAUAAAAAAGAUUACAAAAUGUGAAUAAGUAUUAGAAAAAUUAGAUAAAAUUAAUGAUAUUUAGAAAGAGAAAUUUUGUAGUUUAGAUGAAUAUAAGAAUUGGAAUGAAAAAUCAAUAAAUAAAUUAUUAUAUGUAUGUGAACAUUAAGAAAGUACUUAUUGGGGAUAAUUAUAAAAUUUAACAGGAAUAACAAAUAUAUAAUUAAUAUAAUUAUGUGAUGAUGAAGAAGAAGGAUUUGGUUAAGAAUUAAAAUUGGCAAAUAAUAAAAUGAAAACAAAAUACGAUUGUAAAUUGGAAAGAUGUACAAAGUUUGAGAUUGGUGUUAAAUAAUGGGCUUUUUCAAUGAUUUCAGAUAAUCCAAUAGAUGAAAUAUAUAAAGCAAGUAAAACUAUGGGUGAUAUUUAUCCAAUAUUUAAGAAAUUUGAAUAUACAUGGUUUUAAGUUUAAUUUAAAGAUAUUUUUACAGAUAAAUAAUUAGAUUAUGAUUUAGCAAGAUAUUUAUUAUCUUUUGAAUGUUUAUAUAAUGGUUAAAUGAUUAGUAAUGCUUUCAUUCAUUUUGUAAAUGAUGAUAAGACAUCUUUUUAGAAAAUUCUACCUUUUGAUGAUUACAAUAUAUUACAUUAUUUAAGAUAUGUUAUGAUUGAAUUAGGAUUGGAAGGAUUUGCUGAUACAAGAACAGUUAAUGAAAUAUUAUUUGGAUAUUGGCCAUAACUUACAGUUGCAAUAAAAGAAAUGAAUCCUGCAAUGGGUGGAGAUCCAUCUACUCCAAUUACUGGAUUAAAUUUAAAUAUACCAAGUGAAUUAAGUUAAUUAUAAAGUGUUUAUACUGGUAAGAAGGAUAUUUCAAAAGUUAGGAAAUAUGCUUUAAUUGAUGGAGUAAAUUAUUUAAAUGUAAAAGUUCCUUAUUUUGAUGGAAACUAAACAACUUUUAAAUAAUUUAAUCCAUGGAAUAUUGAAGUAGCUUGUGAUUUAGGUACAGAUGCAUUCUCAUAUGAACCUUAAUUACCAGCAAAGGGUCAUAUUGGAACUAUUAUUACUGAUAUUGUUAAGAAUAUAUAUUUAGAUUACAAUGAAACAAUUGAUUUCCAUGGUUUAAAAGCUUAUAGAUUUAGAAAUAAUAAAAAUACAUUUGAUAAAAAUCCAGAUUAUCAUAAUUAUAAAUGGGAUGGACUAGAAAACAUGACAACUAUUUAAAAUGCACCAAUUAUGAAUAGUCCAACUCAUUUUUAUAAUGGUGAUAUAAAAUUAUAAGAAAUGAUUGAAGUCUAUAAACAUGAUAAUUUGACUGAUAGAUAAUGGGCAAGUGUUUGGGAUGAUUCUUAUGUAAUUUAUGAACCAUUUACUGGAGUUGCUUUAUCAGCUUUACUUAAUCUAAUGGUAAGUGUAGAAUACAAGAAAGAUGUAUUAUUUCCUUGUGAUAAUUAUGCUAUUUUGCCAGUUAUGUCUUUAAUGAGAGGAGCUAAUUGGACAAGUGAUUAAGUUGAUGAAACUUUUGGAGAACUUAAAUCAGGUUUAAAAUUAAGAUGGACUUUGGCAAUUAUAUUUUAUGUUAUAGCAUUCAUAUUUCUAAUUUGUUCAAUGACAGUAUUCUAUUUUAAAUAUUGGGUACCAAAGAAAAUGAGAGUUUAAUAAGAUGAAUCAUAUCAAAAUUUAAGUUCAAUUGAAAAUCAAGAUGGAUAAAUUAAUCGUUCUAUUGAAAAUUAAGAAGCAUAAAUGAAUCAUUGA